AUGAUUUCCCGGGCAGCGGUGGCUCCCACGGCCCAUUCUAUAUCCCAUCUCUCCUCCCGCGCCCUCUCUUCGACAGCCGCCGCCGCCACUACCACUUCUCGCUUCUCAUCAAAAACAUCAGCACAGCAGCAACCCUCAAAACAACAGCAGCAGCAAUCGCAGCAACCCCAAGUGCUGCAGCAGCGGCAAUAUGCCACUGUGCAAGAUCCAGCUGCAGUACCCCCGCCCAGAGUGCAUGGAGGACUGAAGGAUCAAGAUCGCAUUUUCCAGAAUUUGUAUGGGAGGCAUGGGCCAGAUCUGAAGAGUGCGAUGAAGACUGGAGACUGGUAUAAAACAAAGGAGAUUCUACUUAAGGGUCACGACUGGAUUAUUUCGGAGAUCAAAGCUUCUGGACUACGUGGUAGAGGAGGUGCUGGAUUCCCCUCGGGAUUAAAAUGGUCUUUUAUGAAUUUCAAGGACUGGGACAAGGACUCUCGACCUCGAUAUCUCGUCGUAAAUGCGGAUGAGGGUGAACCGGGCACCUGCAAAGAUCGAGAAAUUAUGCGCAAAGACCCCCACAAACUAGUCGAGGGAUGUCUGGUUGCCGGUCGCGCCAUGAAUGCCACAGCCGCUUAUAUCUACAUCCGUGGAGAGUUCUACAGCGAAGCUACCAUUUUACAACGCGCCAUUAAUGAAGCUUAUGAAGCCGGCUUAAUUGGGAAGAAUGCCUGUGGUUCAGGCUACGAUUUUGAUAUUUACAUUCAUCGUGGAAUGGGUGCUUACAUUUGUGGGGAAGAGACGUCGCUGAUCGAAUCAAUCGAAGGAAAAGCCGGCAAACCUCGAUUAAAGCCUCCAUUCCCUGCAGCAGUUGGCCUUUUUGGUUGCCCUAGUACCGUUACAAAUGUCGAGACUGUUGCCGUUGCACCGACAAUCUGCCGUCGUGGGGGAAAGUGGUUCGCCUCGUUCGGUCGUGAGCGCAACCAGGGUACCAAACUCUUCUGUAUUUCCGGCCAUGUCAACAACCCUUGUACUGUUGAAGAAGAGAUGUCGAUCCCGCUUCGUGAGCUUAUUGACCGCCACUGUGGAGGCGUACGUGGGGGAUGGGACAAUCUUCUAGCCGUCAUUCCUGGUGGAUCAUCGACGCCAAUUCUCCCCAAACACGUCUGCGACGACCAGGUCAUGGACUUUGAUGCCCUUAAGGAUUCCCAAUCUGGCCUUGGAACGGCUGCUGUUAUCGUCAUGGAUAAAUCGACAGACGUUGUUCGCGCCAUUUCUCGUUUAUCCUACUUCUAUAAACAUGAAAGUUGUGGCCAAUGCACACCAUGUCGCGAAGGUAGCACGUGGACAAUGCAAAUAAUGCAACGUUUUGAACGUGGACAAGGCCGCGAGCGUGAGAUUGAUAUGCUUCAAGAACUCACUAAGCAAGUCGAAGGUCACACAAUCUGCGCUCUUGGCGAGGCUUUUGCUUGGCCAAUCCAAGGCUUGAUCCGCCACUUCAGACCUGAACUCGAGGCAAGAAUACAGAAAUAUGCUCAAGCAAAUGGCGGAAAGCCUACAUUUGCAGGUGGCUGGGACCAUUCGGCUCGGGAUGCCGGCAAACUCAUAUCGCCAGGACAAUAG